ACGUGACUACUCUUUCUCCACUACACCACAGCUUUCGCCUACGCUCGUUCGCGAACUGUACCGCGGUUUCGGAUCCACGGCCUUAUAGGCCCUCGUCGGGCGCUAGAAUGGCGACUAAAGAGGAUCAAGAAACCUUACGGCUCCUUGUUCUACAUGUCUCUCGAGCUUUCUACGAGCCUCGGUAUAUCAUCAUCAUGGAUCAACUUUCCCGACAUCCAGUUCUCAAGGAUGAUGAUUUGGCAAGUCGGCUGGGGCUGCAGUCCAAGGAGCUUAACAAGAUUGUCGCUGUCUUGUCGAAUGACAAACUGGUCAAAGUAUACAGGCAGAAUGAGCUGAGGGAAGGCGCUCAGCGAGCGGUCGGCAAACAGUACUACUACAUUGACUACGAGCAUUUCUGCAACGUAGUGAAAUGGAGGAUUGCCAAGAUGCACCACAAAAUUGAUUCCAAGCUCCGUAACCAACUCGGCAACAAGGGGUACAUUUGCCCCCAAUGUAAAGAAUCAUAUAGCGCAUUGGACGCCGAUCAGCUAAUGGAUUUUACUCGUGGCAUAAUGGUUUGCAAGAUCUGCCAAGCGGAGAUAAUCGACAAUGAGGACGCCGACCAUGAGCAGGGCAGCAAAGACAGGAUGCUGAGGUUCCAUCACCAAAUGCGCUUCAUCCGUGCCGGGCUGCAGAAGAGCGAGGCGAUGACGUUGCCAGCGUUUGAUGUAGCGGCAUGGGUUCAGAGCAAUGCUAUUGACCCAGAAAAGCAGAAGACCACUCAAGCAGGCGGAGGUCUCAAGAUUGCUGGCUCAGAUCCCAACAAGAAGGAAGAGGAUGGCAUUGGCGUUGUCAUCUCUACAGACAAGGAUGAGGCUACGCGGAAACAAGAACGGGACGCGGAAGCCGAGGCAAAGAGGCAACAGAAUGCACUACCGGCAUGGCAUCUGAAGAGUACCAUUACAGGCGAUCUCACCGCGUUAGGCGUAAAAGAGAAUGCUAGGGCAGAAGCAGCCAAUGGGAAUGCGACGCCUAGCUCAAACGAUGAUAUCUUGCGAGGACUGGGGGUAGUGGGAAUGCGCCCAGAUCGUGUGCAGGAGACCAUCAGUGUUGAGCAGGACGUCAAGCCAACCAUCAACCGUGAAGCUGACUAUUACGAGCAGUAUUACGCGUCACUGGCGGCAUCUGCUGCGGCAUCUGCCCAAGCUACACCUUCUGGUCUCAGUGCUCCCGGCAGCUCCGACUUUGACGACUUUGGGGCGGACGAGGAGGAAGACCGAAAGCCGAAUAUUGAAUAUCUUGAUUCAUUGAACGAUUAUAGGAAACGGUCCCGGUCCCGCGAAGACGAAGGUGCCUCAGGGAAGAUUAAAGUCCCUAAAGUAGAAGACGCAGCGACGUCGUAUGUCAUGAAUGGCGACUUUUCAAACAACGGGGCUGAACUUGAACCUGUGCCAAUGGAUGCGGAUAAUGAUCCCAUCGUUUAUGUGAACGGUAAACCGGUUGCGUUCUCAAAGGUUACUGAAGAGGACCACGAAUUGAUGACACCGGAGGAGUACACGGCGUAUUUCGAAGUGAUGCAAUCACAAGAAAUGUAGGAGUGUUAUGGAUUGAUAUCUAUAGAUGUAUCAUAUGCUAUGUAUAAUACAGACACCAUACAGUAUAUCUUAGGGUGAUGGAUAAUAACAAGCGGCUCACCGGCCCGUUGACUCCUAA